AUGACCGUCACAACUGAACAUGAACGAUUUUCAAAAGCCGACACAAAUGACACUUGUCAAACUCCAUCCUUCAUGGUUCAUCCACUGACCAAUCCCAUUCCGAUCGUUCGACUUCUCUUACAACACGUCUACAUUCAUCUCUUUCAAAUGUUUUUACCUCCCAACGUCACCUAUCCAACAAUGAAUGAACUCAAAGUUCAUAACCACAACAAGAUCAAUCAAAUUCUCACUCUUUCCAAAUGUGAAUUAAUCUUACAACGAACUUUAAUGUUCGUCCAUUACUUUCAUUCGUCUCAUCUCAAUCGAUGGCUUCAUUUUCUAACUAUUAUUCCCUUCUUUAGUGGUGUGUUUUUAGUAUUGGGAGUUUUACUGAAUGGAUUGUAUCAUGGAAUUCUGGUUGAGAAUUUCAUUUGGAUAUUUCCAACAAUGGAAAUGAGACAACAUGUAAUAAUGACUUUGGAUUGGACUCUUCCUCUCGUUUUAUUGUGGUCCUUAUUCUUUAUUGUAUUUGCAAUGGGAAUUGAUCGUUAUGCAUGGCUGGUUUUGGCAAGUUUUUGUGUGACCAUUGCAUCCAUUUGUUGUUACGUUCUUUCUGUCACUACUGCGACAAGUGACACUUCGAUCAUGGAUGGGAACGGAACAAGUAUGAUGAUGAUCUUUUCAGAACGAAUCUUUUUCUAUGAUUCAUCCUCCUGGUUGAACAUUUUAGGUUAUGGAUUUUCAUUGUGGUUUUUUGGAUUCAUCAGUCAAGCAUUUGUAGCACAUGUCGUUGUCGAUCGACAAAUUCCUGCCUUCCUAGUUCAAGAAGCGUUACUCAUUACCCCCAUUUACAUCAUCAUGACUUGUUCCAUGAUGUAUAAUCCAUGUUUGAAUUAUUUACCAAAAUUAAGGAAAGAAAUUGAACAACAUGCCACACGAGAGAAUUUUCAAAAAUUUGGAAAAAUUCAAUGA